AUGGAGAUAUGCAACGGCAGCGCAGCGGCAUCAGCUCGGGUUGGGAGCUCAGGCUGGUCAGAGAAUAUCCCGCAAACUAGUUAUCGUGGGAGUAAGCUCUUCACCACCUCAUAUCGUGAGAUGCUGCAAGACCAGCUAGGUGAUGCACGACAUGCGGCGGCGCCGCCCAAGGCUUACCCGCGGCCGGCCAGAUGCCGCUCGCUUGUACAAGGCUGCGGCCACUCUGCCGUCGCAUUACAGCCCGGCACCAGACACAAGGCACAAGGUAUGGUGAUAUCGCCGAUGGGCUUCCUCAAGCAGGUGGCUGACAUAGACGCGAGCUGCGAUGACCAAGGGCUGCCCAGCUACGCGUCUAGCGUUGGCCGUGCAAUAGCGGUGACAGAUGAUUUGAGAUUCUACAUUUCCAAUCUCGCCGUCUUCUCAAAAAUACACAUUUUGGAAACACGUUGUGUUUGGAGGUGGUCUAAGGCCGCCAUCGCAGAAGAUCACUUCUCCAUCCUGCCCAAUGAGAAGAAGAAUCAAGAAACAAUUGACCGUCAUACUGGUAUUAGGCGGCGCAUCCGAGUAGCCCGAUGGUCCUUGGGCUCCUACGCCAUCCCCAGCCUGAGGAGGGGUUCGGACAAUGGUCCGGAGCUCGAUGGCCUACGCUACCGGUUUCUUGGUUUUUCUCUCCUUUCAAAGGACGAAACCACCGGCGAGAUUCUCACAAUGCCGGGCCAAAAAGAUCAGCUGAGAACGUGGUGGAAGGAGAGCGCCGUUUACCAAAUCUACCCGGCCUCCUUUCAGGACUCCAACGGGGAUGGUGUCGGCGACCUCAAGGGCAUCAUCUCACGAGUCGACUACCUCAAAGAGCUCGGCGUAGAUAUUGUAUGGCUCUCUCCCAUCUUCAAGAGCCCGCAGGUGGACAUGGGCUAUGAUGUCAGCGACUACCGUGCCAUUCACCCGCCGUAUGGUGAUAUCGCCGAUGUCGACACCCUCAAGGACAAGCUCCACGAGCGGGGGAUGAAGCUUGUGCUGGAUCUGGUCAUGAACCACACCAGCGACCAGCACGAGUGGUUCCAGGCAUCGCGCAAGUCCAAGGAUAACCCGUACCGAGACUGGUACAUCUGGCGCCCGCCGCGCUACGACGCCCACGGCCAGAGGCAGCCUCCCAACAACUGGGAUAGCCAUUUCCAAGGAAGUGCGUGGGAGUACGACGAGGCCACCGACGAGUACUACCUACGCCUCUUUGCCCGCGAGCAGCCCGACCUCAACUGGGAGAACCCCGCCGUGCGCGCCGCGUGCUACGACACGACGCGCUUCUGGCUCGACCGCGGCGCCGACGGCUUCCGCCUCGACGUCAUCAACUUCAUCAGCAAGGACCAGCGCUUCCCCGACUCGGACAGGGCCUUUGCCAAGGGCACCGAGUACUACGCAUGCGGACCGCGUCUCCACGAGUACCUCAAGGAGCUGGGCGCCAUCCUCCAAGAGUACGACGCGUUCAGCGUCGGCGAGAUGCCGUGCGUCGGCGACGAGCAGGAGCUCCUCAACGCGGUCGGCGCGGACCGCGGGGAGCUGAGCAUGAUUUUCCACUUUGAAUUCAUGGAUCUGGACCACGGCGCCGAGGGCAAGUUCUCGCCUAAGCAGAUGACGCUGGGCGAGAUCCGCCAGACGCUCAACAAGUGGCAGCGCUUCAUGUACGACAACAACGGCUGGAACGCGCUGUACCUGGAGAACCACGACCAGCCGCGCGCCGUUAGCCGCUUCGCCAGCGACGCCCCCGAGCACCGCGCGGCCAGCGCCAAGAUGCUUGCCGUCUUCAUGGCCUUUCAGGCCGGCACGCCGUUCAUCUACCAGGGCCAGGAGAUUGGCAUGACCAACUUGCCCAAGGAGUGGCCGAUGGACGAGUACCAGGACAUUGACUGCCUCAACCAUUGGAACCUCCGCAAAGACGCCGCCGACGAGGCGACCAAGGCCGCGCUCAAAGUCGAGUACCAGAAAAAGUCGCGCGACAAUGCCCGCACGCCCAUGCAGUGGGACGGCACCGCGCACGCCGGCUUCACCACCGGCGACGCCAAGCCGUGGAUGCGCGUCCACGACAACUACCCGCAGGUCAACGCCGCGGCGCAGGUCCGGGACGCGAGCUCCGUGUACGCCGCGUACCGCGCGGUGCUGGGUGAGCGCAGGGCGCGCAAGGACAUUUUCGUCUAUGGCGAUUUUGCCGCGGUCGACGAGACGCACGACAAGGUGCUAGCGUAUCGGCGCACCGCCGCCAACGGGGACACGGCGCUCGUCGCCUGCAACUUUUCUGCCGACGCCGUGACGUGGGCCUUUGAGGGCGGCACCCCGCGCGAGGUCGUCUUCUCGCCGACGGGCAAGACGACGGCCGACGUUGACGGGAAAGUCGAGCUCGGUCCGUACGAAGCCAUUGCUUUGUUGCUGUAA